AUGGCUCCCCACAACGACGUAGACGCCUUCCAUGAGGCCCUCCGCUCCAGCAAGCGUAUCCUCGCCCUCUGCGGUGCUGGUCUCUCAGCUUCAUCCGGUCUUCCCACAUUUCGAGGUGCUGGUGGUCUCUGGAGGAACCACGAUGCUACUUCUCUCGCUACCCUUCGCGCCUUCAACGAUGAUCCUGGUCUUGUCUGGAUGUUUUAUGGCUACAGACGUCAUAUGGCGUUGCGUGCUCAGCCGAAUCCUGCGCAUUACGCUUUGGCGAAGCUUGCCGAGAAGAACGAGGACUUUCUGUGCCUGACUCAGAAUGUCGACAACAUCUCUCCAAGAGCAAACCAUCCCCCGGAGCAACUUCGUACUCUGCAUGGCUCUCUAUUUGACAUCAAGUGCAACAACGACAAAUGCUCAUGGAUCGAACGAGGCAACUACAAGGAUCCCUUCUUCCCUGCCAUAGCGCAGGCAUCCGAGGAUGUUGAGCCCGGUAAACCAUUUCCUCUUCUCGACGCCAACAGCCCUCUGGCUCCAAUUCCUCGUGAUGAGAUCCCCAAAUGCCCCGAGUGUAAGACGGGCUUGCAACGACCUGCCGUUGUGUGGUUUGGAGAGAACUUGGAUGAAGACAUGAUAACUGGCAUCACAAGCUGGCUCUGGAAGGAUAAAGUUGAUUUGAUGCUUGUCAUUGGCACGUCGGCCAAAGUCUAUCCUGCCGCAGGCUUUAUCGAAAAGGCCAGGCACAGAGGUGCACGCAUCGCAGUCAUCAAUCCAGAGGCCGAGAAUGAGGAGGAAAUGUACAAGGUUAAGCCUGGAGAUUUUGCCUUUGGUCAGGAUGCUGCUGAGUAUCUGCCUAUCCUUUUGGAGCCGGUUAUCGGGAAGCUUGGCAAGGAGGGGAACUGA